AUGGGGAGCAAGCGGUCCGCUCGAUCCGCGACCUCCUCCCAGGCUGCCGAGUCUCCGCUUCUGGAUUCUUUCGACGCCGAGCAAGUUAAACUCUUGGACGAAGAGUGCAUCCAAGUCGACGAAAAUGAUCGCGUCAUUGGUAGCUCUAGCAAAAAAGAUUGUCAUCUGAUGGCGAACAUCAAUCGCGGUCUCCUGCAUCGGGCCUUCUCGGUGUUCUUUUUUAACUCAUCCGGCGAGCUUCUCGUCCAGCAGCGAUCGGAUCGCAAAAUUACUUUCCCCGGUUGCUACACGAACUCUUGCUGUUCACAUCCAUUGGCAAAUUCGUCUGAACUCACCGCCGACCCCAUUCUGGGGGUGAAGAGAGCAGCUCAGCGCCGCAUGUUCGUAGAAUUGGGAAUUCCUCCCAAAGAACUCCCGUUGGAGGCCUUCAACUACUUGACGCGCAUAUUGUACAAAGCCUCAUCAGAUGGGACUUGGGGCGAACACGAGAUCGACUACAUAUUGUUCGUGCGAAAGGAUCUGGAGAGGAUCGAAGCGAAUCAGAAUGAGGUGAAAUCUCUACGUUUCAUCCGCCGAGAUCAAAUUGAUGACUUCGUGGAUAAUUUAGCGGCAGAGGGUCACUCAUUGACGCCGUGGUUCAAGCUGAUCCUCAACACAUUCUUGAAAAAAUGGUGGGACAACCUGGACUGUCUGCAUCUAUUCGAGUCGCACGACGUCAUCCAUCGGCUUUGUUGAGCCCCAGUUCGGAGCCGGGUUCAAGGUCGAAGAAUAUGGAGUCGGAGAUCGCAGAGAGAGCUCGAUUCAUUUCGAAGCUGUCCGUAUCAUCUUCUCUGCCGAGCUUUGAAUGCCAGAGUCUAUCCAUUAGCUAUGAUGCGUAUGCUGUAUCUCGCCUAUUCGCAGAGCACGAGAUUUCCGAGUCUCGAAGAACCAGACCCGCCCCGCCCCCCCCCCCCGCUAAACCUUUCGUGA